AUGUCAGCAGCUGUUGUAAGAGAGCGGAAAUCCAUAAGGACAUAUACAUCUCCUCCUGAUGCAGGGCAGCCUGAGUAUCGAGACUAUAAAAUUGAAAAAUCAAUUCUUACGCCAUCUCUUUCACUUCCUUAUCAAAGCCAACCUGAAAUAAAUAUAGUUCCUGAUAGCAAAGUAGAGGACUCAAUAAAUCUUUUUAUAUCAGAAAAUGAUGAAAAGGAAAAGAAUCCUAGAAAGCUGUCCCCAGAUUUUCGACAAGAAGAAAUUGACAAUGUCAAUGAAGAAACAAAAUUUCCAAUUGAUAUUAAAGGCUCUUUAUCACUCGUUGAAGAAGAUUUUCCUUCAGACGAGUCAACACCAUUAGGUGCUAAGUCAAUCUUUUCUCAAUUUUCUAACGAAAAAUCGAAGCUCAAAUAUUCUGAAGACGAAAUAAGGAAAGCAGGGGAUGAGGACUGAUCUUGGGUACUACCGAUAGAAAUAGUAAAAAUUCUGAGAAGGAACUGCGAAAAGCCACAAAUGCUUAUGGCAGCCAACUCUAAUUAUAAAAAUAGUUGGCGUGCUGAAGAAGACGAAACACAGAAAAAAAUCAGGCAAGGCGCAAUUGAAACUACAAAAAAAGUUAAUGCAGAGAAAACAACUAAAGAGAAAGUUCUAUGCCAAAUUAAAAUAAUCUUGAAUAAAAUGAGCCUUGUAAAUUUUGACAAGCUUAAAGAAGAAUUGUUUGAAAUUGCUAAGUCCAAUGAAGAAUAUCUAGAGCCAUUAGCAGGCGCGAUUUUUCAAAAAGCCUGUUUUGAGAAAAAAUAUGUGGGGAUGUAUGCUGAUUUAUGCAAAUACUUAUCUAAUGAGUAUCUAGAUUUUCAGCUUGGAUAUAAAGUAGAUCCACCUAAAAAGACACAAGAUAGUUUAUUCAGGAAAAUUCUCUUAAAUAUAUGUCAGGAAUCUUUUGAAGAUAUGUGAACAAAUAAUUUUAAGUACAAAAAUGAGCCGGUUUAUAAAGUUAAAAGUUUAGGAUGUGCAAAAUUUAUUGGUGAACUUUUUAAAAUUGGUUUAAUUCCACCAAAGAUAAUUUUUACUUGUCUUAUGGAAUUAAUUAGCCAAGAUUUUAAAGAAAAAUACAAAAACCCUGAUAUAAACUCUUUGCAACUUGAUGACGAUAAAUUAGAAGGAGCAAUUUUAAUACUACUAGCUGGAGGGUUUGCUUUUGAAAAUGAAAAAAAUUUAUCUAGAACUAAUGCAGUUGUUAAUGCACUUACUCCCACCAUCCGUGAGAUAGCAAAAAAAUUUUGUUUGGGGGCGAACUUUUUUAAAAAAAUUAUUUAUGAAUUUGAAAGUAAUUGCUCUUUCGAAAUUUAAAAAGAUUCAAAAUGAAGAAUUUUUUUAAUAUGUAAAACAUAUGCUUAACAAGCUGCUUAAAAAUUAACAGAAUAGUUUAGCUAGAUAUUUCAAAAAUAGCUUAAUUAUAUUAAUAGAUUUUUUAUAAAAUCUUUUUGCGCUUUCACAAAUAGGGAUAUAGUGAAAUAAUGACUAGAAAUCUGACUAACUCGCGAAACAAAUUUUUAAUACUUGUAACAAUUAUUUAGGAUAUGAUUGAACUAAGAGCCUCAGGCUGGCAGCCAAGGCCAAUCGAAUCGCCUAUCGUUAAUUAA